UGUAAAGUGGGGAAAGCGCAUAGGCGAGAUGAAGGUAUUAGUAGUCGCAUUUUCAAAAUGUGGAACGAAGACCUUUGCUUCAGCACUUCGCACUCUAGGUUAUUCUGUUUAUGAUUUUGAAGAAAAUCAAAAUUAUCUUAAAGAGGAUUGGAUAAAAAUAAUGACCGAAGGAGGGACGAAGGAAGACUUUUAUCGAAUGUAUAAAGACAUCGAUGCUGCUGCAGACAUCCCUGCUUGUCUUUUCUGGGAAGAAAUAUCUGAAGCGUUCCCUGACGUAAAGGAUGCUUCACGUUGUGUUCGGUUAGCAGACUAACCUACAAUCUGUAUGGAAAAGCAUUGUCAUCAUGUUUCUACUGCAAAGCGACUUAUUCACUUUGGUUCCUACUAGCCGUGCGGACUCAAUACAUUGCGACAUACCAAUUCUCAUUGACCAGAUGCUUAUACACCGCGUGCCCUGUUUUGUAAUUCAGGACGAGGAUUACAACGGAAUUGUGAAGACAGUGAAUUUCCAAAUUACCUCAUAAAAAUUGUCAGCUUUUGCCUUUAUUACAUCAUUUUACACGUCACAUCUCAUUUGCUAAAAGUUAUAUAUCAUUUCAGCUUAUUUUCACAUGCCGGAGCACUGAAGAUGAAUGGUUGCAAAGUUACCAACUACAGAUGAAGGUUAUUGCAGAUAAUUACUUUGUUGCUAUAUGGCCGUUUCUCUCUUGGACAGCUUACAAAAAUUUCCAAUUUAGCCACCAUGCAGGCCGCGUAGCGUUCUGUUGCCCUCCACAAAGAAUGAAUCAAGUUUACCAAGGUGGAAGUCCAACUGUUUUGAAAAAGAGAUACAGAGACCACAACACCAGUGUUUUACAGAGGGUACCGAAAGACCGGCUUUUAAAAAUGAAUUUGUCAGAUGGAUGGGAACCUCUGUGCAAAUUUCUUGGAAAACCUAUCCCAAACGUCCCUUUUCCACAUAAAAACAAAAAAGGAUCGGUUAUAGAAAGAAAUAUUAAAGAAAGCCCGUUUGCUCGUCAAAUCAAAAGAGAAAUGUUCAUAGCGAUAUUUGUCAUUUCAGUGUUAUUAGCUGUGGGUGUUUUCUUUUUGAGUAAAUCAUUUUUCUGAAAUAUGUCCUGAAAUUGGUUUAUAAGCAUCUCGUGGCACAUCUUAUAAAAUGUUUCAAAUGAUAUAAAUAGAAUAUAAAACUUG